AUGGAUCGUCGUAGUUGGCCCUGGAAGAAAAAAUCAUCUGUGAAGUCAGUAACUGAGAAAAAGGUGGAUGCAUCAGAUUCCGCUGGUGCUUCAUUGGCUUCAGUAGCAUCUCUACUAGAACAGGAAAACCACAAAAAUGUAAACUAUGUUCAAAUACCUCUGGAUUCAUAUAAACAUCUGACUAGCCUGGAAGAUCAAGUUAAGACAUUGGAAGAUCAAGUUAAAUGGUUGCAGGAUGAAGUAAAGGAUUUGUAUGAAAAACUUUCUGCAGCUCACCAAGAGAUGGCUGCUAAGGACAACUUAGUACAACAACAAGCAAAAGUUGCUGAAGAAGCUGUUUCAGGAUGGGAAAAGGCUGAUGCCGAAGUGGUGGCGUUGAAGCAUCAACUGGAAUCUGUCACACUCUUGAAGCUUACUGCUGAAGAUAGAGCAUCCCAUCUGGAUGGCGCUCUUAAAGAGUGCAUGAGGCAGAUAAGAAUUGUGAAGGAUGAGAAUGAGCAGAAAUUGCAUGAAGUAGUUCUUAUAAAAACCAGUCAGUGGGAGAAAAUCAGGCAUGACCUUGAAGCACAGAUUGAUGACAUAGAUCUAAGGCUUCUGAGGUCAGCUGCUGAAAAUGCUGCUCUUUCUAGGUCACUGCAAGAGCACUCAACUAUGGUAAUGGAGAUUAACAAACAAAAAUCUGAACUUGGGGAUGAGAAUGAACUUCUGAAAGGAAACAUUCUAUCAUAUGAAAAGGAAAUAAGUUCACUCAAGUAUGAGCUGCAUGUAGCUUCUAAGGAACUUGAUAUCCGAAACGAAGAAAAGAACAUGAGUAUGAGAUCAGCCGAAGCUGCAAACAAGCAACAUUUGGAGGGUGUCGGAAAAAUAGCCAAGUUGGAAGCAGAGUGCCAAAGAUUGCGCAACCUGGUUCGCAAGAAGUUGCCUGGCCCUGCUGCAUUGGCACAGAUGAAGCAGGAAGUUUUAAAUUUGGGCCACGAUUCUGUUGAACCACAACCACGAAGACUGCAAGUAAAAACUUCCAAGUCACUUUCAUCUUCACUGCCAGAAUUUUCCCUUGAUAAAUUGCAACCCCAUCAUAAUGAGAAUGAGUUACUAACUAAUCGUUUGUUGGCUAUGGAAGAAGAGACAAAGAUGCUGAAAGAAGCGUUGGCCACACGGAACAGUGAACUGCAAUCUUCAAGAGAAAUAUGUGAUAAGAUGGUUCGCAGGUUGAAAAACUUAGAAACCCAACAAGGGUUCGUGAAUCAUCACAGGAGCUCUCCGAAAUCAAUUUUUGAGAUCCCUACUGAGGGUUCCUUAAGUCAAAAUGCAAGCACACACAGUGUUGCCUCCAUGUCUGAAGAUGGGUUUGAUGAGGUUGGAAGUUCUGCUGAGUCAUGGGCAGCAGGAUUGAUCUCUGAUCUCCAUCUGAAAAGGCAUAAGAGCACUGACAAAUGCAACACGCCUGCCAAUGCAAAUUCGUUAGAACUAAUGGAUGACUUCCUAGAGAUGGAAAGACUGGCAUGUUCAGCAAAUGAUUAUGAUCAGGUGAGUAUCAUCUCAGGCAGUUCAAAUUAUAUGAGAACUGAAACUGCACACAGAGACAAUCCAGUUGGUGGUGUAAAGAGUGAGGAUUUUCUUCAGUUUAAAAUGCAAUCCCUCAUGGUACCAUCAGGAAAUCAAGAUUGCGCUGAUGUGGAAGGCUCAGCAAAAGGACUCGAGGUUGAUAUAGGUCAACGACUGUGGUCGAAGCUCCUCUCAAGAAUUUCUAUGAUACUUCAAUCUCAAAUUGAGGAUGUUGACAUGAGGAAGGCAUUGGAGGAUAUUGAACAUGCCAUGCACGAAAUGAAGAAUUUUCUGCCUCGGUGCUCGUUCAAUUCCUUAAAAAAGGCAUCUCAUCUUGUUGAUGUUUCACACAAUCUGCAGGCUUCUAAUCAAGAAUCUGCAGAAACCACAAAGAGUGAGAUCUUGUUCACUCAUGGCAGUAAACCAGCUAUUGACACUGAACAUAUUGAUAACCAUGACGUAAUGGCUGCCAUUUCUCAUAUUCACCAGUUUGUGAUAUCUCUGGGGGGCAAAGUUGUUCAAGUUCAUGACACUUCUACUGUUAGACAAGGCUUAAACAACAAAUUCAAGGACUUCUCUGUAUCUGUGGAUAAUUUUUUACUGAACAAGAUAAGUAUAAUUGACUUUGUUCUUGAUCUUUCUCAUGUUUUAGCCCAAGCUGGUGAGCUGAGGUUCAGUAUUUAUGAGGCUCACGAAGGAGAUAUCACUAGUUCUGAUUGCAUUGAUAAGGUCACUUUAGCAGAUAAUAAGGUAGCUAAAGAUGACUUGUUUGGCAAGAAUUUUACUGAUAAAUGGGGCCACUUUCCCUCUUUUUCUUCGAAUCCUGAAGUUCUACAAGAAAGAAAAUCAUACCCAGGUUUUGCAUUCAAUACCACAUCAUGUGCAUGCUCAUCCGAGGAGUUGGAACAGUUGAAAUUAAAUAAGGACAACAUGGUAUUGGAGCUUGCUAGAUGCAAUCAUGAUUUGGAGAUUACAAAGUUGAAGUUACAGGAAUCAGAGCAGCUUCUUGUAGAACUCAGAUCACAACUGGCAUCAUCUCAAAGAUUGUACGGCUUGGCAGAGACUAAACUCAAAUGCAUGGCAGAGUCCUAUAAGUCGGUUGAAAUGCGUGCACUAGAGUUAGAAGCUGAGGUGAACCUUCUAAGAGUGGAAAAGAAGAAUCUAGAUAAUAUUAUGCUUCAAAAAGAGAAGCGCGGUCAUCGUGAUGAUCUGGAAGAGCAAACGCAAAGGAAAGAGCUCUCAAUAUGUUCGUUGUCUCCUUCAGCAGAUUUUGACAUCAAUACUAAACAGGAGAGGGAGCUAGCAGCUGCAACAGCGAAGCUUGCAGAAUGUCAGGAGACUAUCUAUCUUCUUGGCAGGCAAUUGAAAUCCAUGCACCCUCAUGCACAUAUUAUUGGCUCUAGCUCAGCAGGAGAUAAACCAUGUCACGGGUAACCCACAAGGCAUUCGCAUUUUCCAUGAAUUUGAUAAUGUUGAGACAAAACCUGCUGCUUCUGUUGGCGCCCAUAGUUCAAAAGAGUCAUCCCCUGUAGAAAUUUGUAGGAGGUCAUCUAGUUCCUCUGAAGAUGAAGCAAACCAGAGGCCGAUUCUUUUUGUGCUGCUCCAACUCUAGAGCUAGAGAAGAACCAACACGGUUUCAGCCGCGUCUUCCAUUUAAUGGAAUGCAGUAAAUUGCUUGCAGGCAUUCACAUACUUCGAGUGUGGCCAUCUAUAGUGUUUCCAGAAAGAAAAGUGAUUUUGCAAAUACAUGAGGUAAUGGUAAGUAACCAAAUUUUGAAGCCAGUGCUGUUUAUUCCGUGGCUUAUGAAGCCAUUGCUUUGGAAACUUGUAUUUUCCCCAGAAUAUAUUACUUCAGGUUUCGCAGGUUUGGCUAUUUGUUUUGAU